ACCACCCUGGGAUUCGUUGGUCUGCGACUCCAAGCUAUCACAGGGAGCUGACAAUCGAGUCCUGGACGAGGUGACCUCCCUUUGUCACUGACGUGUUGUACUGCGCCACUCAGUCUGAGUCGGCAUACUACCGGUACUUGGGCAGUAAGAGUCGGCCGAUAGAGAAUGUCAGCCUCAGACCCCUAUGAAUUGUUGAUCAGCCUUGGCCUUGCAGUGGCUCAGAUCUACAGGCCCAAUCCAUGUCAGGAACAAGCUUGCGCCGAAUUACUUGCCACUCUAGAUGGAUCUUCACUGGCAAGCGAUGUUGUACGCCCCGCUAUAGACGAUGCCCUCCGACAAGCUGAAGACUCCAUGAAACGAACCGCUGCGCUGAUGCAGAAGAUGCGGGCCCUGCGGAAUCGUUCUGUGACAAUCAACCGCCUUCCGAGCGAGCUCCUUGCAGACAUAUUCUGGCGCAUAUCUUCGCCUACGGUCAUUGCUCGCCUCAUCUCCCUGACUCACGUCUGUACACACUGGCGUGCGGUUGCCCUAGACGAUGCGAGACUCUGGGCCACAGUAUGGAUCGAGUGUGACCCCGAAUCGGAUACACUGCAGACUAGCUGUGUUCCGCGUAUGACGGAAUACCUACGCCGAUCACGAUCACAUCCCCUGUUCGUCAACAUUGGCCAUCUUCCACAGUCAAGCAUGCUCGCGUGUAUCGAGACCCUGCAAGCUCACCUGCAUCGCAUCCAGACGUUUUGGUUACAAACGGAAACCGUCGACCAAAUGCUCCAUUGUUUGACUCGCCUCCGAACGGCUGCUGUCCGACUCGAGGAUCUACGCCUCGAAGUCGAUCCCUUCGAGUCCGACGACUCUGACUCUGAAGCAUCUUCCGUCUCACCCUUCCAGUCACACGCGUGCGACCUGUUUGGUGGCCAUACUCCGCUCUUGCGCUCCCUCUAUCUAUCCGAAGUAUCCAACUUGUCGAUUCCUACCACACUACGGAACUUGCGACAUUUCACCCUUGUCAGGCAGACUAUGCCUAUAACUCAUAUGGACGCAUUCCUCGACGUUUUGGAAAUUGCCCUGGUCUUGAGACCCUGUCCAUGAGCAGUUUCAGCACAUUUUUGUCCUCGCCCCAGCCACCGGCCCAUCUGGACAGGGCGAUUACUCUCCCCGCCCUUCUGUCCCUUACCCUUGAG